GAGGGGACGACUUUGCCUCCCCGGAAGAAGAAGGGACCCGUUCUCUAGCCGACUGGUGGCGGGAGAGGAUUGGGUUGCAACAAAUAUCCGGAUUGUUAUUUCGGUUAUGUCAAACUACACUUGACUGGAGAGUGGAGAGUAGCGAGGAGAGGUUGUGAAUAAUGGAAGCUUUCUGUUUCUCAUUCCCCACCUCACACUUAUCCAUUCCCCCCAAACACCACUCUUCCUCCGCCACCACCACCACCGUUUCCUCCUCCCUCAAACCGCCGCCGGACUCCAACAACUCCGCCGCUCCCUUCCGCCGCCCCCUCAAAACCACCACCACUCCUCCCUCCAAUCCUAAACCCACACCAAAACCUAAACCCAAACCCGCCCCAACUUCAAACCCUCUCAAAAAUCCCUUCAAAUCCUCUCAUGCCCUCACCAACAAGCUCUGGCUCACUAGUAAACUCUCUCCUCCUCCUCCUCCACCACCACCACCGCCACCACCACCGUUACCACCACCGGAACGAGAAACUGAAAUCGCCGAAGACAAGGGCGCUGAUGACGUAAACCGGUUCCGGCAACCGGGGAAAAUCUUCGUCGGGAACUUGCCAGUGUGGGUGAAGAAACCCGAGGUCUCCGAGUUCUUUCGCCAGUUUGGCCCGAUACGCAGCGUGAUUUUGAUCAAAGGUCACCACGAGACGGAGAGGAGCGCGGGGUUCGGGUUUGUCAUCUACGACGGGGAGACGGCGGAGAAUUCGGCCAUGAAGGCGGUGGAGUUCGACGGCAUUGAGUUCCACGGGAGAGUGUUGACGGUGAAGCUGGACGAUGGGAAGAGGUUGAGGGAGAAGUCGCGGGAGAGGGAAAGGUGGUUGGAGGGGAAUGAUGAUAAGGAGGAGUACAGGUCCACGUGGCAUGAGGAGAGGGAUGGUUCCAGGAAGGAGUUCCAGAAGGUUCUGGAGACUGAACCGGAGAAUUGGCAGGCCGUUGUUCGCGCUUUCGAGAGAGUUAAGAAGCCUGCCAGAAAAGAAUAUGGGCUGAUGAUAAAAUAUUAUGCACGACGAGGGGACAUGCAUCAUGCACGUCAAACAUUUGAGAGCAUGCGAGCGAGAGGAAUAGAGCCAUCUUCACAUGUGUACAGUAGUCUUAUUCAUGCUUAUGCAGUUGGUAGAGAUAUGGAAGAAGCUUUACAUUGUGUUAAAAAGAUGAAGGAAGAGGGCAUUGAAAUGAGUAUAGUGACAUACAGUAUUGUUGUCGGGGGAUUUGCUAAAGUGGCCAAUGCUGAUGGUGCAGAUCACUGGUUUAAGGAGGCCAAAGAGAAGCUUCCAUCUUUAAAUGCAGUCAUUUAUGGGAGCAUAAUUUAUGCACACUGUCAAACUUGCAAUAUGAAGCGAGCAGAAGCCUUGGUGAGGGAGAUGGAAGAACAAGGGAUAGAUGCUCCCAUUGACAUAUAUCAUACCAUGAUGGAUGGUUAUACAAUGAUUGGCAAUGAAAAUAAAUGCUUAAUCGUGUUUGAAAGACUUAAGGAAUGUGGUUUCUCUCCCUCAGUUGUCACCUAUGGGUGUCUUAUUAACCUUUACACCAAGUUAGGAAAAAUUUCUAAAGCAUUGGAGAUUAGCAGAAUAAUGAAAAUGGCUGGCAUUAAACAUAACAUGAAGACCUACUCUAUGCUGAUCAAUGGAUUCUUGAGGUUGAAAGAUUGGGCCAAUGCAUUCUCUAUUUUUGAAGACAUCACUAAAGAUGGUUUGAAACCUGAUGUAGUACUCUACAAUAACAUGGUACAAGCUUUUUGUGGGAUGGGUAAUAUGGAUCGUGCCAUUUGUAUUGUGAAGCAGAUGCAGAAGGAGAGGCAUAGACCUACAACACGCACAUUUUUACCCAUUAUACAUGGUUUUGCAAGAGCUGGAGAGAUGAGGAGAUCCUUGGAGAUUUUUGAUAUGAUGAGAAGGACUGGCUGCAUUCCUACUGUGCACACAUAUAAUGCUCUUGUUCUUGGCCUAGUUGAGAAGCGUCAGAUGGAAAAGGCAGUAGGAAUAUUGGAUGAAAUGAAUCUGGCCGGUGUUGGGCCAAAUGAACAUACAUAUACAACUCUCAUGCAAGGUUAUGCUUCACUGGGUGAUACUGAAAAGGCAUUUCAGUACUUUACGAUAUUGAAAAAUGAGGGCCUGGAGGUUGAUGUAUAUACUUAUGAGGCAUUGUUGAAGGCAUGUUGCAAGGCAGGCAGAAUGCAGAGUGCCCUAGCUGUCACAAAGGAAAUGAGUGCAAGAAAGAUCCCAAGAAACACUUUUGUUUACAACAUACUAAUUGAUGGUUGGGCUCGGAGAGGUGAUGUUUGGGAAGCUGCGGAUCUGAUGCAACAGAUGAGGAAGGAAAAAGUUCAACCUGAUAUCCACACCUACACUUCUUUUAUAAAUGCUUGUUGCAAGGCUGGGGAUAUGCAGAAUGCAACACAGAUUAUCCAAGAAAUGGAAACAGCUGGUAUAAAACCAAACCUCAAAACCUACACCACUCUAAUACAUGGUUGGGCUCGUGCUUCUUUUCCCGAGAAGGCUUUGAGGUGUUUUGAAGAGAUGAAAGCGGCUGGAUUGAAACCAGACAAAGCAGUUUACCAUUGUCUCCUGACAUCUUUGCUAUCAAGAGCCACUUUUGCUCAAUCGUACGUUUAUAAUGGCCUCUUGUCUGUGUGUAGAGAGAUGAUAGAAUCUGAAAUGACUGUUGAUAUGGGAACUGUGGUCCACUGGUCAAGAUGUUUACGCAAGAUUGAGAGGACAGGAGGAGAACUAACAGAAGCCCUACAAAAGACCUUCCCUCCGGAUUGGACCUCACAUAAUGUUCUUGAUGUCAAUUGUGAAACAGAAAUUGCUGAUCCUGAAAUAGAUGAUGAUGAUGAUGUAUAUUAUUUCAAAGAAAUUGACAAUGAUGAUGAGGACUCUGAUGCUGAAGAUUGUGAUGAUGAUCCAUCAGACAGGUGAUUGUUUUGAAUUAUGUUAUUGUUAAUGGAAGUGGCAGAAUGCCAUGGUUGCAUGUUAUUGCCAAGUCUCUCGGCUCUCGCCAUUAAAUUCUCUAUUUACUUUUUCUUCUAUGAAAAUGGGCAAAAAUGGUGACUUCCUUUAUACCUUCACUAGGUUAAGAAUCCAGGAGUGUUCCUGCGUUGGGAACGGACAUUAAAAUUCCAUCUCCUGUUGUAAAGUCUUUGCAUGUAUAGCAUUAAAUCAAGUUGUGAUUUGUAGAUUGAAUAUGUAUGUUUCAUUUAUGAUCUUUGAAAAAAAUUAUUAGCAUUCGAUGUACUAAUGAAUGUUACAAGAAAAAGUAAAGGAGCCAUUUAAUAGUUGAAUAUCUUCGGUAUGGUGUA